AUGAGUGAGGAGGAAGAAGAUAAACAUCUAAAGUCACCAAGUGGGUCCUUACAACCCAGGAAACUGUCUGACCUUCAACCAUCAGCUUCUUCAUCCCUGCAAACUCUUGAUGAUACCCAUUCUCAACCCAAAUCAACUACCACCGCCUCUGAAUCAACUGAAUAUACCUCACCUUCAAAAUCUUUAAAGAGUUUUUUCUUUAAAAAUAGACUAUCGUCAUAUUCCAUCGAUAGUAUUAGUGAACAACCCGAAUUAGAAUUCCAAUCACACCAUCAUCAUUCAACUGAUCGUAACAAAAAAUCAUCUAUUGGAAGUGGAGAAUUAAGUCCAAGUAGAUCUCCUCGAAUGAUGAAUUUCAGUCUACGUCCAAAAUUUAUUCGAUCUAGAUCUUCAGGAAUAUCUGAUACAUCAACAAGUAGUACCCAUCCAAUACCUCCUGCAUCGUUACUUUCACCAUCAUCACAACGAAGAGCCACAAUUGAAGAUUUUGCCGAUACCGAGUCUGAAGAAUCUAGUGAAGAUAGCAAUGAAGAAGGAGAAGAUGAUCACACCAAACGGAAUGAUACCAAAAAACACCAACACCAACACCAUAAUGAUGGUGGUGGUGAUGAUGAUGAUGAUGAGGAUUCAAUCAAUUCUUUACUUCAAGAAUAUAAUAAUCGAGACUCUGAAUUUGAAAAUAAAGAUAUUAAGAAUAAAUUUAUUUUCCGAGAAGAAUUUGAUGAUACAAACUCGGUUAAGACCAAAUCACGUCCAACAAGUAGAAUACUAACACCAGAAGAAAAUGAAGAAUUGAAAGCUGAAAUCAUUAGACAUGGAUCAAUUAGAAGUUCAGGUAGUGCUUCAUCUUCAUCACAAAUUUUAAAACCAGUUGGAGGUGGCAUAAGUCGAGGCAUCAAUCCCCAACAACAACAACAACAACAACAACAACAACAACAACAGCAACCAUAUAUUGAUACACAAUUAGCACAACAAUAUUAUGGAGAUACAAGAAAACAUAUUGAAGUUGUUGAUCCUGCAAAGAGAGAAAAAUCCACCAGUGUAAUUGCUACUACUGUUCUGGGUGAUUCUCCUACUGCUUUAAAAAGAUUAUCUGGAGCUUCUAAUAGUAGUGGCAGUAGUAGUGCAAAUACUGGUGUUGGUGGUGGCAAUGAAAACCGAAAUAGUGGAGCCAGUAGUGCCACAUCACUUCGAUUUAAGAUUUAUAAUGAUAAAAUAGAACCAAUUAAACAUGCAAGUGCUGGUAAACAUAUGAGUACAUCGACAACCAAUGCUGAAGCUGCAGGUAUUUCCGGUGCAGAUAGAUCCUCCAUGAGAGUGUCGACUGCAUUUAGUGAUGAGAGUGAAAUUGGUGAUGUCAAAUAUCCUGAACCAACAGUGACACCAACCCAAACUCCUCGAAUAAAUCGAAAUUCUGAGACUCCUUCAACUGAUACUAAUUAUACUAGUAAUGAUACUAGUGGAAUAUCUUAUGAAGCCCCACUUGCAAUAGCUGGUCUGUUGCAGAAAUCAUCAUCCAACAGCAGUAGUAGUCCCAAUUCUGGACACAGAUCAUCUUCACUGGUACCAUCAACACCUCUUCGAACCCAGUAUACAAACCAACAACAAGGAGGUUCUAAUUUGCAACGUGGUGCAAAUAUCCAGGAGUUUAGAAUUGAUGCCGAUGUUUCAAGAUCUACAGGAACAAACACCACCUCAACAGGAUUUUACGAUGAAACGAUGCUUAAAAGUUCUCGUAAAAGUAUUGCUCAUUCUUCAAUGUCAUCUGGUGAAUUACUUCAAAAUUUAGAACACUCAUAUGACUAUUCCAAGAGUAAUGAUAAUAGUGGUAAUAGUGAAGAUAACAACAACAACAACAACAACAACAAUCAAAUAAAAUCACCAUCACAACAACAGACUCAACAAUCGAGAGAUCCAAUAUAUCAAUUUGUAAUUAGAGAUCCCAAGCUGCCACCAUUACUGUCACCACCACAAAUAGAAGAAUACCCAACCAAUGAGACACCACAAUCAAGUAAAGAUGAAGUUUUCACAACAUCUAUCCCCCGUCCAAUAGGGAUACCUAAAUCAGAUAGUGUUGGACAAAAUAUGACUGCUGGUUUAGAUUCCAAAAGUGAAUUACCAGUGAUGUUAUUUAAAGUUCAAGAUAGAGAUAUUCAAAGAGAUUCUAAAUUUUUUGAUAAUUCGAAUUCUCGUGGUCAUCAUCAUAAAAGUGAUGGUGGUGAUGGUGAUGGUGAAGGUGAUGAGAAUCAGAGUUUAAGUGCUAGCGAUAUUGAAAGUGCUGGGAAUGUUCGUGAAAGUGUCAGUGGAAGUGUUAGUGGAAGUGGAAGUGCAAGUGGUAGUGGUAGUGCCAGUGGUACUAGAAGUGGACGUAGUAGUCGGGGUCGUCUCACAAUUGGAUCUUUAUCAGAAGCAGGAAAUUCUAGUCGUAGCUCGGGUAGUUCUAUUAAACAAAUUAUAAGUCGACAUUUUAAAUCUAUUGGUGAAAGUUUAAACGCAAAUGAAAAACAACAACAACAACAACAACAACAACAGUCGCCACAACAGCAACAGCAGCAACAGCAACCUUUACGUAGUCUUAAUUUGGUCAAGGAUUCACCACCAAUAUUAUUUGAUGAAAAGAAUCAUAUUAUAUUGCCAUCAACGAAAUUUGAUCAAGAAAGUCAAGACAAUAAUAUUACUAAACAAACAUUAGAGUAUCCAUGGAUUAAUUGGAGUUUAUUAAUGAUAUUAGGAUUAAUUGUUCCACCAUUGUAUUUCAUUAUACCUAUAGGGUUAUUGGAUGGAGAUUAUCUUGGAUUAAGAUAUGCUAAUAAACCAUCGAGAAAAUUCAGCACUAAACAAAAAAUCAUAAGUUUAAUAUUAGGUAUUUUAUGGUUAUUGAUUGUGCUAGCUAUGAUUGGUGUUGGUAUAGGAUUAGGGGUAACACGAGAGAGUUGA